AUGCGAGGGGGAGGCGGGGAGGCAGCGCUCGCUAAGUAUGGCCCGGUUAAAGUUCUUGGUAGUUCGGACGAAAAUGACGAGAGUAGGAUGAUGAGGCUCACAAGUGAAGGUACGGGGUUCGAACGGAUAUGUAUUUGUUCCCACUCGGCAGACGCUGGUCAGGCUGUAAGUACCCGGACCUGGGACUUCUCCGAGCUACUGGGGGGGUCAAAUGCGGGUGGGUGGGAGCUGGGGGUGUGUCGUGUAUGUAUGGACUUCUCAAUCGCCGCAUUCGCCAAGUCGCCUACGGGUCAUGGAAUACGCUGCGCGAGCCAGGAAUCGAGCGAGGCUCACGUCGACCCACGACUUCUUUUCCGUGUUCAACCGGCCUGA